GAAGCAGUAGCCAUCAAAAGAAGAGAAGACUGCUCUGGUGCAAGUGGAAAAAAAUAAAAAUCACAAAAGUUCGUACGUGAAGUGAAAAUUUUGAGCCGAAAAGUAGUGUCCCCAUCGUUCCGCCCGAAUCCGGCCACGCGAAUGAAGAACGGAUACCGUUCACAGUGUAGAAAACCCCCGAUUUAGUGAUUGUGACAACAGUGAUAUCUGGAUUGCCUUUUCACUCAACACCCCCGUCUGUGCGGAGUAGAUUAUGGCCUUAGCAGCAGCCCGAAAGACACCAUCGAAAAUCUAUGACAUUCAAGCACACAGCAGCAAAGUAUCAUGUUUGGAUAUUGGAGUUACAGGACGGGUGCUGGUCACCGGCGGUCAGGACCGCAAUGUGAAUCUGUGGACAUUUGGAAGCAAGGAGUGCUUCAUGACCUUAACGGGCCACAAUGCUCCAGUCGAUUGCGUCAAAUUUGCAUACUCGGAUGAUUAUGUGUACUCGGCCGAUGAUACUGGUGUGAUUAAACGAUGGGAUUUGAACUCGGGCACGGAAUGUACGACAUUUUUCGGACACAUGAAAACGGUCCGCACGUUGGACUUUCAUCCCUACAGCGAAUAUGUGGUAUCCGGUAGUCACGAUACCUCCAUUCGCCUGUGGGAUGUCCGACAAAAUACCUGCAUCAAACGAUACCGGAGGCACAUGUCGCACGUGAAUUCGGUCAAAUUUUCCCCUGAUGGGCUGUGGAUCGCCUCGGCUGGUACUGAGGGAUGUGUCAUAAUCUGGGAUAUCCGGAUGAGCAAGCAUUUUAUGGAGUUUACUGAGAGAGAAUCGCCGGCGAUUUGUGUUCAGUAUCAUCCAUCAGAUCUGCUGAUGGCUGCUGGAAGGAACGAUGGAACGGUUGAUUUGUAUGAUCUGGAAAAGAAGCAGCUUCUUUCAAGAGCUGACAAGACCCGCUCCAAGGGACAUCCGGUGAAAUGCAUCUCGUUCGACGAGGGUGGGUCUUGCCUGUUUGUUGGUACAGCUGGUGGUAUUUCUGUGAUUGGCUGGGAGCCCGAUCAGGAGUAUGAUCACGUGGAUUCGACAUGGACAUUUUUGGGAGAUAUGAUAGCUGUUGGGAAGAAGCUAAUUUGUGGAACUUACGAGAAUAGAAACGUUUCGAUCCAUGCAUUAAAUCUUACUCAGGUGAAGCCAUUCUUCAAUCCUCAGAAUCAGCCUUUCAAUCACCAUCAAAGUUCAAGGAAGAGUUUUAGUCGUGGAAGCGGAAAGGUUCGAUUAUCUAUUGGAGAUCGGUCCCUCUCGAGCGAUACCAUAGAAGAACAUACCAAUGGAGGGAUGUCUCCGAACCUCAGCAUAGAAAUGAUCGACGAGGAAGGUUCUUCGGUGCUGACGGAAAAAAACACUUUCGAUUUUAGCCAUAGUAACGGAAGCGGUACUGUUAGCUACGAAACCUUCACGCCACCUUCCUCCGCAAUUCCUGUGGCAACAGUUACACCUCCGUCAGGUCCUCUAUCCAAUAGCAACUAUCAGGUCAGAGAUGAGAUGAGAAUGUACAACAUCAGCACCUCGACUGGCUAUUCCAGUGAUCUGGAUUACUACCCCUGCAAGAACAACCCUUCCGAUGCGGAGAAAGAAGACUUCCCGGUGAAAAGUGCUCAAGCCCCGGACUACGCACCAAAGUUGACAACCUCCAGUACAGCCAGUGGUGGCGGCAGCAGCAGCAGCAGCACGACUAUGACGAAAACCACUUUCGUUAGACAAAAGACGGAUUCGAUCAGUAACAGCAGCGUGCAGCAGAGACGACCUUCGCAGCCUAAUCUUGCCGCCUCUAGGAAUACGUUUGGGUCCAGCAAUUUGACCAGGAAAAUAUCAACCUCCAGGAGUACGCUUGAGCUCAACAAGCUCGGGCAAGAUGAGCAGGUCACCUUCAAGAAGCCGAUCAGCCGUGGCAGCUCGCCGAUCCGGAACAAUACCGCCCUCAGCAGCAAGAUCCGCAAGAGCGAAAGCUCUGCACAAAUCAACAACAUGAAGAAUGCCACCAAUCGCUACAGUGCCCAUCACAAUGCCAACGUAAAGGUCGAGAUCGUAACGAAACCGGUCCGUUCGAAAACAUCGCUGGAUAUGCGCCAGCGGAACAACGCCAACGGUGAGCACCAGAACAGUAGCAGCGCUACCAUGAGCCGAGCCGGCAUCAUUCAGCAUAACAAUAGCAACAGCCACAACAACGGUCACUACUCCGGAGGUCAUAGUCUAACUCACAUAGGGAUCAACGAUUCCGGAGGUGGUGGAAUGGGACGAGAUUCGAUUCUGAUGCCACCUCCGUCGGUUCCACCUCCGUCUUCGAUCCCCACGCAUCACAGCAUCCCCCUCAUUCGGUACUCGUCGCACGAUGGCGGGGGCGCUAACAUCAGCGUCGUCGGCGCAGGAAUGACCUCCAGCGAGGAGUACGAAAUCCAGCUUCUUAUGAACGAACACGAUAGCGUCUUCCAAGCUCUCUGCAAUCGAACGGCACUGCUUUCGGCGAUCCGAAACUAUACGCAAUCGGGAGAUGUAAACACGGCACUCAAGGUGGCGGUACGGAUGAACGAUCAGCAUAUUCUGGUUGAUUUGCUAGGGGCGAUACUUGAAAAAAGCUCACACUUCACGUUAGACAUGUGUGUUCUGCUACUGCCAAAAAUCUACGACCUGCUGCAGAGUGAAUUCAAAUUCCACUGUACCCGUGCCUGCGAUACGUUGCGAGUGAUUCUGACCACGUUCCUGCCGGUGAUCCGCGAAAACACCGACCCGUGGGGUGCCUGCACCAUCGGUGUGGACGUCAGCCGGGAGGAACGUGUCAGCAAAUGUAUGGAAUGCAAAACGUGGCUGCUGAGGAUACGGACCCUGCCGGAGAAUCUUAAAAUCGGUACCAAUCUGCAGCAGCUGCAAAACUUGAUGGUCGAUCUGUGAACCGCGUCGAGCGCGCGCGCCUGCGAGAAUGUUAGGUGAGCGACGAGUUUUUCCUUUGCUUGUGUAAUUUUAAUUUAUUCUAUCCGUUUUUCGUUUUUGGUCGAUUCGAUCGUGUUUUCCAAUUUAUGUGAAAAAUGAGAGUUUUAAACUCGUCGUAGCUUGGACGAUCAACAGUGGACCAUUUGUUCACAGUUAAAUAAAAAAAAAACAAAUCACUGCUAACGUCACUAAUUUAUUUGCGAGCGAUAAAAUAGCAGCAAUGUAUGAUUUUAAAUUUUAAAACUUAUUUUUUGGUUUUACUGUAGAGUCAAACGUAAUAUUUUGUUUUAACUAAUGAAAAACAUUGAAGCAAGAAGAAGAGAAAUACACAUUUACGUCGAUACAGAUUAAUAAUAAGACUGAACAUUUUAAUUGAAUAUAAAAAAAUGAACCUGCAAAAAAUCAUCCUAAUAAUAAUAAUGCUACGAUAAUAGAUUUUAUUAACAUAAGCGACACAGAUACAAAAUCAUCCUAGGCAAGCGAAGUAACCAAAUUUACGGCUUGAAUUGGAUUGGACGAACAUUUCAGCUCAAUUAUGUAGAAUGUUCGCCCAUCCGCGCAUUAGCAAAGCGAAAGAAGAA